AUGGACCGAAAGUCCCGGCGAUACCUGCUUACUCUGGGCGAAGCCGAAACCUUUCACAGCCAUCUCGGCCGGCUCCAGCACGACCAGCUGAUCGGCAGCAGCGUCGGAGGCUGGUACCGCACUGAUCGCGGCCACGUAUUGCUGGCUGUCCGACCGACCUUGGGCGACUAUGUGCGGCAGAUGCCCCGCGGCCCCCAGAUAAUCUACCAGAAAGAUCUUGGCAACAUCGUCAGCUUUGCCGACAUAUUUCCGGGCGCCACGGUCAUCGAGGGAGGCCUCGGUUCCGGCGCCCUCACCUCCGCCCUGCUCCGCGCUGUCGGCCGGGAGGGCAGGGUCAUCACCUACGAGAUUGACGAGUCGGUUCUGCCCAAGGCCAUGCGCAACAUCCAUCGCGUCAUACCAGACACACCCAACCUCGAGGUCAAGAUCGGGAACAUAUACGAUGGCAUCGAGGAACGCGACGUCGACCGCGUGGUGCUGGACGUUCCCGAACCCUGGCAAGCUGUUGGCACCAUCGCGGACGCGCUGGUCAUGGGCGGGGUGAUGCUGAGUUUCCUCCCCACCGUGCUGCAGGUGCACCGGCUGGUCGGUGCCUUGGACCAGGACGGGCGCUACCAGAUGGUGGAAUCCAUGGAAACGCUCCUGCGCACCUGGCAUGUCACAGAGCGUAGCGUGAGGCCGAUCAUCGAAUGGUGGCCCACAGCGGCUUUCUAA